UGUAUACCUGUUUCACCUGUCUCACCUGUAUACCUGUCGCACCUGUAUAGCUGUCCCACCUGUCUCACUUGUAUACCUGUUUCACCUGUCUCACCUGUAUACCGGUCGCACCUGUAUAGCUGUCCCACCUGUCUCACCUGUAUACCUGUUUCACCUGUAUACCUGUCUCACCUGUAUACCUGUCUCACCUGUCUUACCCUCUCACCUGUAUACCUGUCUCACCUGUAUACCUGUUUCACCUAUCUCACCUGUAUACCUGUCUCACCUGUCUUACCUCUCUCACCUGUAUACCUGUCGCACCUGUAUAGCUGUCCCACCUGUCUCACCUGUACCUGGAGCACAGCGCCCCCUGCAGGCGCCGCGUGGUACAGCUGAUCCUCACACCUCUAAUCUCUGCAGAACCUUUCCUCUGAAAACACACAUGCCUUCUCCUGCCGUGUUCCCAGUGGAUGAGUCACUGGUUGGUUGCUGAUCGUCAUGGUAACAGCUGAAGUGAAGCAUCAUGGGAGGUGGCAGAUGGACGAGCCGACCGUGGGCCAAUCAGAGACUGUGACACACACACACACACACACACAAACUCACUCACUCACUCACUCACUCACUCACUCACUCACUCACUCACUCACUCACUCACUCACUCACUCACCAUGGAACAAGGCUUCAGCUUAAAUAUGCUGAGGAAGUUAGCAGCAGAUCCGGACUACAGGGACGUCUCUCUCCCGGCUGUGGAUCGAGUGCGGUUGCUAGGCAGGAUGGGCAGCAGGGUGGAGCUGAGCGAGGAUGUGCCCCCCCGACGUUACCUCCGCUCCGGGGUAGAGAUGGAGCGCAUGGCGGCCGUUUACCUGCAGGAGGGCCGGCUGGAGAACGCCUACGUCCUCUACAACAAGUUCAUCACUCUGUUUGUGGAGAAGCUGCCGACUCACAGAGACUACCAGCACUGCAGCCUGCCGGAGAAACAGCUCAUCAUGAAGAAACUGCAGGAGGUGGCGUUCCCUCGUAAAGACGAGCUGAAGAAACGUCUUCAGGAGAAAUACAGCCGCGAGCACAGCGAGUACCUGAGGGCUCAGGCAGCGAGGACAGAGGCAGGGGGAUGUCGCCAGCAGCUGGAACAGCACUCCUUAUUGGGCGAAAACAGAGGGCGUGGCCUUGAGGAGGUCAGGGGGCGUGGCCAGCAUCUAGAGCGACUGUCCUUACCGGGCGAGCACAGGCACAGCCUGCUGAUGGAGGAGGAGCUGCGGCGGGUUGCAGCACUGCGACGUCUGCAGAUUGAGACGGAGCAGUUUCGGUUCUUCGAGGAUCAGCUGCAGCGUCAGGAUCUGGCCAAUAGGAGAACAGAGGAGGCGCGGCUAAAACCUGAAAAUAAACCUGAGGUGUCAGACAGCUUCUCUCUUCCCCAGCAGCCAAUCAGAGGCAGCGCACCUUCCCAGGGGGCGGAGCCUAUCAGGAACAGACCUCCAGCUCCUGUCAGCCAAUCUAACGGCUCGCUGGCUGUAGUACACACAGGCAGGGUGGAGGGUUUGAGGCAGGUUCUGGUUCCUAGAGAUCUGACGUCCCGCUUCCUCCUACUGGCCGAGUCCAACACAGCACGAGGCCUGGAGACUUGUGGAGUCUUGUGUGGACGCCUGUCGCAGAAUGAGUUCCUGUUGACUCACGUCGUCGUCCCGAAGCAGUCCUCCGGUCCGGACUUCUGCGACAUGGAGAACGUGGAGGAGCUGUUCAGCUUCCAGGACCAGCAGAACCUGCUGACGCUGGGCUGGAUCCAUACCCACCCCACACAGACAGCCUUCCUCUCCAGCGUCGACCUCCACACUCACUGCUCCUACCAGCUGAUGCUGCCGGAGGCUGUCGCCAUCGUCUGCGCCCCCAAACACAACGACUGUGGUGUGUUCAGGCUUUCCUCUCUCGGGAUGUCGGAGGUCUCGCUCUGCAGACUGAAGGGUUUCCAUCCUCACUCCAAAGACCCGCCUCGCUUCAGCGUGUGUAAACACGUGUCUCUGCGGGAGGCGAAGGUCGUCUUGUUGGAUCUCAGGUGACGGACAGGAGGCGCUGUGUGUGUGUGUGUGUGUGUGUGUGAAUGUUUUUGAAGGAAGUGUUUUAUCACUAAUUUUUCAGUAUUCGGGAAGUUUAAGUUUUUUGUGAAUUUUGUGUUUUUAUUGAUAGUGUGAGACAUGAUCAAUGAAGUGUGUGUGUGUGUGUGUGUGUGUGUGUGUGUGUGUGUGUGUGUGUGUGUGUGUGUGUGUGUGUGUGUGUGUGUGUGUGUGUGUGUGUGUGUGUGUGUGACCGACAGUGUGUGACCGUGCCUUCUUCAGCCCGCUGUGUGAAUCAGAAACUCGGCGUGUAUCUGAUGUUUUUAUUUCCUGAAGUUUACAGCUCUGGACCUACAGAAACUUACUGUGAAACCUUGAAGUUUAAAUCAGUUUGUUGUUGUGCACCAGCAGGUGUGUGUGUGUGUGUGUGUGUGUGUGUGUGUGUGUGUGUGUGUGUGUGUGUGUGUGUGUGUGUGUGUGUGUGUGUGUGUGUGUGUGUGUGUGUGUGUGUGUGUGUGUGUGUGUGUGUGUGCGUGUGCGUGUGCGUGUGUGUGGUAAUAAAACACUGACUCCUGUUGAAAAGUU